AUGUCGGACGCAAUCACUAUCAGAACCAGAAAGGUUUUGUCUAACCCAUUAUUGAAGAGAAGACAAUUCGUCAUCGAUGUCAUUCAUCCUAGUAAGGCCAACGUCUCCAAGGCUGAAUUGACUGAGAAGUUGGCUGAGUUGUACAAGGCCGAAAAAGACUGUGUCUCGGUUUUCGGUUUCAGAACUUGUUACGGUGGAGGUAAAUCUACCGGUUUCGGUUUGAUCUAUAACAGCGUUGCUGACGCCAAGAAGUUUGAGCCUCGUUACAGAUUGGUCAGAUCCAAUCUUGCUGAAAAGAUCGAGAAGGCUUCUAGACAACAGAGAAAGCAGAAGAAGAAUAGAGGCAAGAAGGUCUUUGGUACCGAGAGAAGACACGCUGCCAAGAAGGCUAAGAGAGCUCAGGAUUAA